AUGGCUGAGACAUGGCUGCUGCUUCUCCUUGCCCUUGGGUGUCCAGCCCUGCCUAGCGGGUGUGGAUGGCCGCCGUUCUCUUCUCUGGCCCCACUAAUCACGCUGCUGGUGGAUGGGAACCAGCGGACACUGGUGGUCUGCCUGGUCCUCAAUGCUGCACCCCCUGGCUUUGAUGGCCAUAUCUGGUUCUCAGCUGGCAAUGGCAGUGCACUGGACGCCUUCACGUAUGGCCCUUCCCCAGCAACGGACAGCACUUGGACUAGCUUGGCCCAGCUCUCCCUGCCCUCUGAAGAGCUGGCAACCUGGGAGCCCUUGGUCUGCCACACUGGGCCUGGGGGCCACAGCUGGAGCACACGGUCCCUACAGCUGUCAGGUGGGGAUGGAGCCUGGGCCCCUGUGCAUGCUCCCUGUCCCUUUCCACACACCCUGGAACCAGGCUGUGGCGGGAGGGAGGGUUGGUUCCAGGCCAUGAGGGCAUGA